AUGGCUCAAGAAAUUGAAAAGUACCUAAUGGAAAAGUUCCGGAAUGGACUUGAUGGGAGAGACAAAAGUAUCUCUAAGAUUCCAAGGUACAGCCAAUUUCAAGAAAUAAAAAUUUUACUUGAUGACAUUUUCAGCUCAUCGUUGCAUGAUUCAUCCAUCAGAAAUAAGCUUUACGACCUGAACAAUGUUUUGGCUGAGUGCCAGAUGCUUUCGAGAAAACUCGGUUUCAACUCUCCCAAGGAGCUACUCACCAUAAACAGAAUCAGAAGGGAUUUAAACAGGAUCAAGAGGGAGCUCAAGGUUAUAAAGGAUAAUAAGAGAUCAUUGCAUGGAAAUACCGAUCCACAACCUAAUAAUGGUCAAGCAAGCUCAAAGGGUGGAGAGCUUUCGAGGUGGACUACUCAUUCACUAGAUGCAUCCAAGGUUUAUGGAUUUGAUGAUGAUGUGAUUUUGAUGAAGAAGUUGCUUUUACAGCAAGGAACUGAUGAUCGGUUCAGGGCAGUAGGCAUUGUUGGUAGGGAAGGUAUAGGAAAAACAACACUUUGCCAGGUCUUAUUCAACGAACAAGAAGUGAAAAACACAUUCCUUCCGAGGAUCUGGGUGUGCAUGGCCAGACACCCGGAUGACGACGACAAUGAGGUUCCGAAAAUAGUAAUUGUCAAAAGAAUGUUGAUGCACCUCGGAGUUGGAAAGGAGAUGGUCAAGUCCGUUUGUGAGAAGCAUGGCCUCGGGGGACUGCUGUAUGCUCUUCGCCUGCAAUUGAUCGGCAAGAGGUAUCUGAUUGUGCUUGACCAUGCCAGGGAGACGGACUCAUGGUGUGGACAGCUGGAUUCGUGUUUGACUCGUGAUAAGGAAUGGGAUGACGGCCUUGCAUUUGGACUCCCAAAAGGGCAUGGGGGAAGACUCAUAGUCACAAGUCGGAAUGAAGAUAUAGCAAAAAUGAUGGUCGGGAAGGAAAAUAUACAUCACCUUCUGCCCCUUUCGGAUCAUGAAAGCUGCUGGGCGAUAUUCAUAGACGCAGUUGGUCGGAUUCCCUCCAGUCCCUCAAACUUGGAAGAUGUGACAGAUGAUGAAGGCUUAUGGGCGCUAUUAAAGAACGCUGUUGAGAAUAAUCGGACUCCAUCCAGACCCUCAAACUUGGAAGAUCUGAUAAAUAAUGAAAGCUUCUGGGUGACAUUCAUAGACGCUGUUAAGAAUAAUUGGAUUUCAAUUCCAUCCGGUCCCUCAAACUUGGAGCAUCGGGCAGAUAAUGAAAGCUUCUGGGAGAUAUUCAUGGACCCUGUUAAGAAUAAUCGGAUUCCAUCCGGUCCCUCAAACUUGGAAGAUCUGAAAUUUGAAGUCAAAGAAAAAUGUGGGGGCAUUCCAUUAGCAUUAAAUAUGAUGGGACAGGCAACGCAAGAAUCACUUAUGAUCAUUCGUGGCACGAAUCCUUAG